GUCAGAGACUGCAGACGUGGUACAGGAGAUGGUCAGAGACUGCAGACGUGGUACAGGAGAUGGUCAGAGACUGCAGACAUGGUACAGGAGAUGGUCAGAGACUGCAGACAUGGUACAGGAGAUGGUCAGAGACUGCAGACAUGGUACAGGAGAUGGUCAGAGACUGCAGACGUGGUACAGGAGAUGGUCAGAGACUGCAGACGUGGUACAGGAGAUGGUCAGAGACUGCAGACGUGGUACAGGAGAUGGUCAGAGACUGCAGACGUGGUACAGGAGAUGGUCAGAGACUGCAGACGUGUUACAGGAGAUGGUCAGAGACUGCAGA